UCCGUCAGAUAGACAUCUGAUAACUUUUUACGGUAGUGUCAUCUCCAUCUGACUUUGUCCUUUUUUUCAGCCUUGCGUUUGACGGCGUGACUCAGAAUGAAUGAAUAUUACCCUUAAAAAAAAAAGGUCAAGAAAAUAGCAUAAAAACCAACGGAUUCAAUUACUGAAUGUAUAUCAAAAGACCAAAAAGACCCCAGACACUCCAGACUUUGUUCCAAAACGUCACUGGUUCCACAGGCACUACACCACAUACAUUCGUAGCAAACAACAGCAACACAAUCACACUCGCACGUGAGGCUAGUCAACGCAUCCUUGCACGGCAGGAUUUCACAAAACAACCAUCCAGUCAGCAGACUCACACUCUACGUCACCAGAGCCACCUAGCCUGGCAUCCGUCUCCAGAUAUGGACGGACAAGGUAGAAGCAGGCGUGGAGGACGAGGUGGUGGUGGUGGCGGAGGCGGCAGCCAGUCCCGCGAUGUUGGUAUAUCGCGCGCCCUGUCCCGCCUGCUAAGACAUCAGGCCGCAAACGCGGGCAUUCAGCUCGACGGUGAGGGGUAUGCGCCGCUGGACAAAGUGCUGGCAUGGGGACCCAUCAAAAGCCUCAAGGUGACGCUGCCCGAGAUACGCGAAGCCGUAUCCAACAGCGACAAGCAGCGCUUCGGCAUGAAACCCCGAUCUGACUCGGUCUCUGCGGACUCGACCGACCCGGCCGACUUUAUGAUCCGCGCGAACCAGGGCCACUCGAUCAAGCUCGAGUCGGCGGAGCACCUGACGGCCGUGACGGUGGAGGCGGGCAACGUGCCCGAGGUGGUGGUGCACGGGACGUACUACGCCUUUUGGCCGGCCAUCGUGGCGUCGGGCGGCCUGCGGCCCAUGGGCCGCAACCACGUCCACUGCAGCACGGGUCUGCCCGGGCCCGAGGCCCAGGUCGUCAGCGGCAUGAGGAGGGACGCCGAGCUGCUCGUGUACCUGGACGUCGAGCGCGCGCUCCGCGACGGCGAGACCAAGUGGUGGCUGAGCGACAACGGCGUCGUGCUGACCGAGGGUGGCGAGGCUGGUUUGGUGCCCGUCAAGUAUUUCAAGGAGGUCGUGGGCAGGAGACCCGACGAGGUCGGGGUCCUUUGGAAAGAUGGUGAAAAAGUGGCCGAUCUGCCAGAGGGACUGAAGAUCAAGGUGCCGGCCGGCAAGGAGAGGGUAGGCGGCGGCGCUGGUCGAGGUAGAGGGGGAGGUCGCGGCCGAGGGAGCCGAGGAGGUAGGGGAGGCAGGGGGGAUGUGACAGACGGAAGGACUGAUCAGGGUGAUGCCAAAAGCUGA